GUCACGUUCGACACAACUCGCACUUCACCAUAGAGGUGUGAGGGCAUGCAGCUAACGCAGGAGGAUAAAAGUAAGAUUCAUUGAACGAUAGGAAUACGAAAAUCACUUUAGCUGUUAUAAAAUACUGGCCACUCCAUACAGUCGAAAUUGGAGUCGUUUUUGUUGAUUUGGUCGCAGUGUGCUCGCGGUCGCAUUUCGGCUAGCUAAUCAGUUGAUCUGUUAUGGCAGUUGUUAGCAAAUGUCAAACUGUUUAUCAAGCAAAUUACCAUGAUAGCGUUUUGUAAUGUGAUAUUAGAAUACGAAAAAAUAAGUGAUUGUGCUCUCGUGCGUUUUAAUUGUCGUUAAAACCUGUCGUUAAAUAUCUAGCUAAAUAAUCGGUAGUGCAUGUCAACUUGACAUUGCGUUGAAUUUGUCAAAGUCCUAUCAAUACAUGGGAACUACUUUGUAUAGUAAGUCUUUGCUUUUUAGCUAAUUCGUUGAAGUGCACUUCAAAGUCAAAUCUAGAAAUCAUCGAGUCGUGGUUCUAGAAACAAAGAUGUUCCCCUCCGUCCAGCAUCGCCCCGUGUGCAAUAUAGGGGCCAGAGCUGUCCGACUGCAAAGCUUAAGCACUUUUAAACAGAGUAGUGCGAUACAUAGCAAAUCGUGGAGUUUGUCUUGGCUGGGUGAGCGCGUGGGCCUGCUGGCGUCAUGGCUCCAAAAAGCAGGAAGGGGAACUAACAAGCUGACCUCCGAAAAAAAGAAGGAGAGACUUUUGUCUAUAUUCGCCAACCAUUGUAGUUUUGUGACGGGCCAGCGGCUGAGAAGGGCCCUUCAGAUAGGAGAGCUGUACUCAAACCUGUACUCUGAGAGAAGCAGGUGGACACUCGUCGGGAACAUAUGGCGGCGCCUGCAGAGCAAACACGCCCCCACUGGAAAACUCAUAGCAGCACUGGCUGGGGUCUUCAUGUGGGAAGACGAGAAGAUUGGCGAUGAUGAGCUGAGAAGGUGUGCGUGGGAGCUGCAGGCACUGGAAUCUGUGAGAAGCCAGAACGUGAACCCCAAGACAGCCGUGCGUGCGGAUCCAAGCUGGGAGGUGGUCAUGGAGAAGAAAAACUUCAGAGUUUGGAAAAGACCCAUCCAGGGUAGCCAUCUUUUUGAAUAUAGAGUGUUUGGUUCCUAUACAGACGUAACUCCCCGGCAAUUCUUCAACGUUCAGUUGGACACAGAGUACAGAAAGAAGUGGGACGCACUGGUUAUCAAACUGGAUGUUGUGGACAGGGAAGUCAACACAGGAACUGAGGUCAUUCAUUGGGCAACACAUUUUCCAUAUCCCAUGUACUCCAGAGACUAUGUCUAUGUGCGCCGGUAUCAGGUUGAUGUGGAGAACAACUUAAUGAUCUUAGUCUCCAGAGCCGUCAGACACCCCAGUGUCCCAGAAACCCAGGAGUUUGUCCGAGUUCACUCUUACCAGUCCAAGAUGGUCAUCCGCCCACACAGGUCAUUUGACGAGAAUGGCUUUGAUUACCUGCUGACUUACAGUGAUGAUCCCCAGACGGUCUUCCCUCGGUAUUGCGUCAGCUGGAUGGUGUCUAGUGGCAUGCCAGACUUCCUGGAGAAGCUUCACACCGCAGCUCUCAGAGCUAAAAACAUGGAUGUCGGUGUCCACGACUACGUCAGCUUCGUAAAACCUAUCCAACCUACCCAAGAACGACUAGCUGACAACGCUCACACCGGAGGCCCGAGUCAGAUCUACGCCUGAGCGACUGGGCGCAGCGUUUGAUAUACUAUGGUAAAAAUGACCCAAUUUUUUUUUUGCUACAAAGGUCAUUAAUUGAAGCCACAAAGAACCAUCUGUUCCCGAAGUGAUCUAGGCCAUUGACCAGUCUUGUACAAACACAUACUGAGCACACUCAUCCCCGAUUUAGUUUGCUUCCUCUUUCUGUAAGGGUACAUCUGUUGAGGUGAGCCAAAAUAAUGCCAUUUGUUAAUUGUAGAUUCUCCUGCCAAAGCAGUUUUCACUCCGCAUUUACAUCAUGAUCAUCAGAUUCGAUCAUGUUGAGAUGCUGAGAAAACAACAGGAAAACCUGUGAAGGCCCCACCAGCUUCAACAACAGGAAGCCGUUUGAGCUCAAGCGACUGUUGUGGUUGUUUUUUUUUUUUUUUCCAGUUUAUUCUGUGAUGAACUGCUCUCAGCAGAACCAGAUCGACUCACCAUCGUCCUCAAUUUACCAUGUGAAUGUUCACUGCCAGUACAACCCAAACAGCCUUCACAGGAUCACCAAGACUGUGUCUUAUGCCAACCGCAGCAUCCUCACGAUCAGGCUCUGCUUCCUCAUGCGCUCAAGAGGGCUGUUUGAAGUCUAAAACAUCUUUUCUACUCUGAACUCUUAACAAGUGAGGACACUGUGAUUCGAUGUUGUAAUGACAUUGGAAGACGGUGCGUAAGUCGGCCUACAAACUCGUCGCAGGAUGGAUUUUGUGCAAGUGCAAAAAAAAAAGUGGGUGUGUUUUGUGAUUGGGAAUCCACUCUGAUGGGAUUGUGUGUUAUAUAUGUUUAUACUGCAACAAAGAAAAAAUUGGUACAGUCACACCUGGCUUGUUGAUGCAGAUUACAUCGACUUUAUACAACUUGCAGACAUAAACAAAAAUUCUUGUCCUGUUGGGUCUCCAUUCCAUCGUUUGACCUUCAUUUCAUACUCGUGUCAUAACAUCAGUGAAAUUAUACAUACAGUAACAUGUCAGUGGGAAAAAGUAUGUAAAUCAUCUAAGGUACAUGUACAAGGUACAUUUCUGGCUUAUGGUCUUUGCAGAGAAACAUUUAAAAUGAAAAUGGAUCUUCCAAAUCUCAAAGUCAGGCUUUAUUUGGUGGAUGUGUGCAAAUCUAUACUCGUUUAUGAUAUCCAGAUGUCCUCUGUUUGAAUGAAGCGAUAAUGUCAUGACAUUUUUGUUACAUGAUUGGUAACUAAACAGGCAUAAUUUAAAAUUGUUGCACUUAAAACGUGAAUGGUCCGAGUUAGUUGAUUAUGACGUCCAUAUAAUCAACCAUGUGAGUUUCUGUUUUGAAUAUCUGCUCUCUAUUGAAAGUGUAAGUAAACAUCAAUGUCCUAUUUGCUUUUGUUCCACAAGAAAUUGUUAAUUUGCCCUUUUGUGUUAAGUGUUUGUCCUUUAUUAAUUUAGUAUUUGUCACACCAUUUUGUUAGUUCACAAAAACAUGUGGCCUAAAUACAUUUGUGCAUGUUAAACCCCUAGAUAGCACUGCAUUGUUUACAUCUCAUUUUUAAAGCUAUGGCAAUAUGAUUUUGUUUCAUGUUUAAAAUAUUGUUUAAAGUGAUCAGUCAAAGGGUAUUGUUAUUAAGGAAUAGUCCACCUUUAUAGAGGUUAUGCUCUAUUGACAACAUUUGUGGCAUGUUGUCAAUGACCACAGGUAGUUUUGAUUUGGACCUCAGUUUGGGAAAAAAAGGUGUGGGUUGAAAUUAUGUAAUUUGCUAAUAGAGCAUAACUACACUCAUUUUGCUCCUUAAUGCAUACAAAUAUCCAAGUGUCAUAUCUUUUUCCAUUUCCCAAAAAUAAGUUAAUUUAUUCCUAGUAGAUUUAAAUUACUGUCCACCCAUCAUUAAUAUGGUUGUUAAGCACAUUCAUUGUUUUCUGUCAUUUCGUUUAAACAUCACAUUGAAAUCUCAGAUAUUCACUAGUAUACUAAAAAAAAGUGCAUUUUCUUGGUGUUUGACAAUACUCUGCUUAUGUUUCGAGUUAAAGCAUCAUGAUAAAACCCAACCGCAGUUUAAUGCGCUUGAUAGAAUUUUCACUUUUUUUUUUUUUCUAAUAUCUAAACUAGAAGUGUUCUACUGUAAUCUCAAGUGAAAUAGUAGAUGUAUGAAUGAUGGAGACGCCUGAAGCAUGAGAGUUUGUUUUUUGCUCUAAUGUGAAAAUAAACCAUCUAAUUCAUUUAUUGGUGACAAUGAAA